AGCAGCCUGAAGGUCGGACUGUUAGGAGUGUGUGUGUGUGUUUAUGUGUGUGUGUGUGUGUAUGUCAGAUUGACUGUAGGCUACUGAGGCGGCAUCAGUUUGAGCGAGGCACUUCUCUUUACCCCGACAAACCUUCAGGGGGCUUUUAGCAUUUGUUCAGUCUGCAGUCUCUGGAAAACAUCUGAUUCAUUUUUUAACCAGUCCCAGAUGCUGCAGUGUGAGAGUGUGUGAGUGAUUGUGUGUGUGUGUGUGCACGAGCGCGUCACUGUGAGAAUAUCUGCUGUCUAGUGCGAGAGAGAAGGGGAGGGAAAGAAGAACAGAACCGUGUGGAUUUUUCUUUUUCUUUUUUUUUUCCUUUUUUUUAAAUAUCACUUUUGAAGUAUGAACGCAGAUACGUGCGUUUCAUACUGCGAUAUGACAUCGAUGGAUUCAUAUUAUAGCACGUCCACUGCGCAAGGUAGGGAUCACCAGGCGAACCCGUUCAGGACUUUCCCGACGUCUGAGAACAAAUACAGCCCCACGACGUUCAUCCCGGGCAAAGGGCAGACUUUCGGAGAGAAGUCCCGCAGUCCUUUCCCGUCGGAGUGCCAGUCGUUGGAUGGCGCAGAGGAGAGCACCUUCAGCAAGUACCAGAUCUUCAUGCAGCGACCGACCUGCAAAACUCCGCCCGAAGGCAGCAAGCUGCACCCGGACAGCGCGCACAACGGCACGCUCAUCUCCUGCUAUGGAAAAGACAACAGCAGCCUGACAGAGUCGGAGUUGCCCCCAAGCGUCGACGCUCCUGGGAUGGAAGGCAGUUACUUGAACCUCAAGGAGCCUGGUGUGAAGGGACAGAGCGAUCGGCCCGGCUCCGAUCUUUCCAGCCCUCUGGACAAAAGCGAGGCUGAGAGCAACAAAGGCAAGAAGAGGCGAAAUCGCACCACAUUCACCAGCUACCAGCUGGAGGAGCUGGAGAAAGUUUUCCAGAAGACACACUACCCAGAUGUUUAUGCCCGUGAGCAGCUGGCACUGAGGACAGACUUGACGGAGGCUCGUGUACAGGUGUGGUUUCAGAACCGCAGAGCCAAGUGGAGGAAGAGGGAGCGUUUUGGCCAGAUGCAACAGGUCCGCACACAUUUCUCUACUGCUUAUGAGCUGCCUCUGCUGACUCGGCCCGAGAACUACGCACAGAUCCAGAACCCUUCAUGGAUUGGGAGCAGCAGUGGAGCAUCUCCAGUGCCCGGCUGCGUUGUGCCUUGUGACUCCGUCUCCUCCUGCAUGCCACCUCACCCUCAUGGUCCUGGAGGAGUCUCUGAUUUCCUGGGUGUGUCCAGUCCAGGAAGCAGCCACAUGGGACAGACACACAUGAGCAGCCUGUUUGGGGGUCCUGGGAUGGGCGGCGGAAUCAAUGGCUAUGACCUCAAUGUUGAUCCAGAUCGCAAGUCCUCAAGCAUAGCUGCGCUGCGUAUGAAGGCCAAGGAACACAGUGCAGCCAUCUCUUGGGCUACAUGAUGUCCCAGCCUAGUUCCACCCAGCCCCCACAGGGCCCCCUUUCUCCAGAGCAGCCGUCAGCAAGUGCUGUGAGGAAGGAGGGACUUUUCCUGAGAGCACUAAUGAUAACACAGGUCAAAUGAACAGGGAGAGACUGUGGAGAUAACAGAGGCCAUUACAGCGGCCAAAGCAACCAAGAUAACAACUGUGACAAUCAGCAGAUGCUGAAAGUGAGAGAAAUACAGAGGUGUGACUUAGAAGAUGUUGUGUUCAUUCUUGAUUCCUUGAUCUCUCAGGUCUCAUUGAUAAACUGGGUAUCGUUCAAAUUAGUGAUAGAUGAUUUCAGUAUUACAAGUAAUAUAAUAUAUAUGGUUUACAAAAAAAUGUAUAGGAUGCAGGAAUUCAGUGCCAAAUCCAGCCAUACCAUGCAGUACUUUCAUUAACAGAGUUGAGCUUGAUUCAUAUUAUUUACCUCCUUUUGCAUAUUUUUAUACCACCCAUCCAACCCCACACAUUAUUUGUGCAACUGCCAGUUGAAGCGUGUCUCUCAUUUUGUAUAAAUGAUAUUCAAAUAUUUUCCUGUCUCGUUCGAGCGCAAACUGUCCAUUAAAGGAAAAACCUUUGCCUGCAGUGUGCAGUUAAUGCUCCUGCAAUGAAAGGCAGAGGUGCAAUGCAAAAAAAAAGCAAACAGAACCUAAUUGAGCAAGAGCAGACACGGCCUGUGCCAGUUUAUUCUGGGAGGAGGGCAGGCAUUGGAUUGGCAGUAAUUUCCAAACCAACGUGUCAUUUCCUCCCUCAGGGCCGCCUGCACAGGUUCCCCUGCUCGGCUCAGGCCUCAGGUUACAGGAAACAGUGUGUCCACUGGCAGACGAGGUACAGCAACACACAGCAGCAGCCAUCAACACCAACUAACCACGUCAACUUCAAUCAGCAACCAACAGGAAUAGAUGCACUUGAUUAGCAUCAAAGUGAGCAGUCUGGCCCUGUGAAAACCACAUCACAUCACAGAGUACAUGGCGAAGACAAACUGCACAGAAGCUGCAAUAAUCAAUUCAUUGUUUAAGUUGGGCUUAGCAGAGAUGACACUUGGAUUCGUGUUUUGCUAAGAGAACCCGUCACAUGCCAGAGACUGCAGGCCAAAUCAGUGGCCCUAAUCAUCCUGCGGAGCAUUCUGUAGAGUUUAGGUAAUGUGAUGACAUUAGAGCUGGACUGCAAGAAUGUGGUGAGUAUGUGCAGUGAUUGCAGGGGUGUCUCUGUGUAUUACCCCACUGGAAUAUGCCUGUCACCAGAGCUGGACUGCAGGAUGAGGCCUGAGACAGGCUUCAUUAGUUUUUUGGCUGAUCCCUCUAUGACGCCUGCUGGGCUACAUAUCUAUUUUCUUUCCCCUGAUGGCAAGACAGUCUGGUUCUGCUCCUCAUAGCUGGAUGAUUACUUAAACACGAGUGCCCAUUACAACAAUACUAUACGAGUGCAAAACUGCAGCUAUUAAGUUUCAAUUAAUUAAGUAUCAAUUAAUUUAUGAUGGUUUUUGUUUUGACCUAUAAAACGGCAGGAAAAACAAUGAGCCAGGGCUCCAUUCAGUGAAGGAGAAAUUUAAUUUUAAAAUGAUAUAGAUUGUGUUGAUUGUGAGGGCUGUGGUCAAACCAUUAUUGUCAAAAUUUCAAAAGUAAACAGAAUCAAUUUAAAAUAAAUAGUUUGCAUGACAACCUAUGUAAUUGAAUUCCUACUUUGUCUUCUUGCUGGUCCUCCCUCAGAGCACCACUCCUCUGCAGCUCCAUCCAUGUUGAUACUACUGAAAUAAAGCAAUUGAAAUCCAUGGUUAUAAUGUUGUAUCGUGUGAAUGUGAACAAUAUUAAAGAUAUUGUUCUUCUGCUUGUACAUUUGUUUUGCUAAUUUGUCAAAUAAAAAAAAUUCCAGAGAUAAGCCAAAGAAGUAUUACAGUAAUAUUGCCAGGAAGUGUAAAAUUAUGUUCUCUUGUUAUUCUGAUGAGUUGCUCUGGACUUUUACCAAGGUUGAAAUUGCUUUCUAAUGUUCUUAUUGCUUUAAACUGCUUUUUGUAUAUUAAUCAAGUAUUUCUACUUCUGAUUGUAACUUUAUGUAAUAUGCUGUUGCAAUAAGUUAUUGCACUUACAGUUGAAGGUUUUUUGUUGUUUUUUUUUGUCUUUUUUUUUUACAUUUAAUGGGACAGUGUUGUCUUUCACAGAGUCAUUUGGCUUUGGCAGUCAACAACUGUCUCCUAUGCCCAUCUACAUUUAGCACCAUGAGCAGCAUCACUGGGAUCUGUCUAAGGUGUCGGCCAUUUAUUGUACAGAAGUAACUUGCUGUUUCUGUUGAUGAUAGUUUUGAAGUGAUUUUGAAAUAAAUGAAUCUCCAAUG